GGAAUAGAGUCACGCCCCACACUCAGGGAGCAGUCUGCCGGGGCAAAGCCUCUCUCAUUCCUCCCUGAUUGCGCUAUUCCGGGGACAGGUGAAUCUCUGACAGAGGCCUGAAGUCCAGUGAGUAUGGCUUUCAAAGACCUAACAUCAAGAGCGGUAAUUCUUUAUGAUGAGUGGAUUAAAGAUGCUGAUCCCAGAGUGGAAGAUUGGCCCCUCAUGUCCUCGCCAAUCCCCCAAACUAUCAUCAUUGGGGCUUAUAUUUAUUUUGUCACAUCAUUUGGCCCAAGGUUCAUGGAGAACAGGAAACCGUUUGAUCUGAAGCACAUAAUGGCACUCUAUAACCUAUUUAUGGUUGUCUUCUCUUUGUACAUGUGUUAUGAAUUCCUUAUGUCAGGCUGGGCUACAGGCUAUUCGUUCCAAUGUGACAUUGUUGACUAUUCCAGGUCACCUCAGGCAUUAAGGAUGGCUUGGACUUGUUGGCUGUUCUACUUCUCAAAGUUUGUUGAAUUAUUAGAUACUAUCUUCUUUGUAUUGCGAAAAAAGAACAGCCAGAUUACAUUUUUGCACGUAUAUCAUCAUUCCAUCAUGCCAUGGACUUGGUGGUUUGGGGUCAAGUUUGCUGCAGGUGGAUUGGGCACAUUCCAUGCAUUAGUAAACUGCGUUGUUCAUAUUAUCAUGUACUCCUAUUAUGGCUUGUCGGCACUGGGACCUGCGUACCAGAAGUACCUCUGGUGGAAAAAGUACAUGACCUCCAUACAACUAACACAGUUCCUGAUGGUUACCUUCCACAUUGGCCAGUUCUUCUUUAUGGAUGAUUGCCCGUACCAGUACCCAGUUUUCCUGUAUGUCAUCUGGCUAUAUGGAUUCAUCUUCUUAAUCUUAUUCCUUAACUUUUGGUUUCAUGCCUAUACCAAAGGACAAAGGCUACCGAAAAGCGUUCAAAAUGGACACAUCAAGAACAAAGAUCAUUGAUGAAUAAUCUUGGUAGUACAGAACGAUUUUUUUACCAGCUGAAAAGCACUGUAAUACAAGGAACUUCUGCAAACAAAACAUAGAAACCCAUAUUUUUACUUAAGUUAUUCAGGAUUGUACAUUUAUUAAUAUGGUCUGAUGUAUAGGAUAUUUCCCAACAAAUGUACAUCUAUUUAUCUGGUAAAUAAUUGCCGUUUGUCAUGUAAAGAUGGCUGAAAAGCCAAAUUGUGGUAGUAAUGGAUGCAGAUGAAAAGUAUUCUUACUUUGAAUUCCAUUUUCAACCAAUGUCUUCAAUUCAGAUAAGGAAUUUCAGCAAUGAAACGAUUAAUAACAGUGAAUGAGUGUCUUUAGCAAAGACAUGACACCUUUUUGUAAUGAUGCCUACAUCUUGCCGCAGCGAACGCAAGCUUGUGCUGAACUGUCGGCUCUUGUACAAAUUGUGCCAAAAUAAAAAUGGUAUCUAGUUUGUCAUUCUUGUUUGAAACUUGAA